CUUUUCGGUCUGUUGUUUGGUCUGUGAAUGAAAGAUAGAUAGCCCGUUGAAGAAGUGCCUCAAAUUCAUCAAAAUGGCCACUAACGAUGCGAUAUUUAUGCACAACGAUGUUCAACGACUCUUCCGAAACAGAACUGUCAUAGUUUUAGGUGAUUCUAUUCAGCGUUCUGUCUAUAAAGAUCUUGUUUGCCUCUUCAGUGAUCCAUCUAGUGGGUAUGUUUAUGACUAUGAGUUACGUGCGAAAGGAGAGCUUUGUUUUCGCAAUGACCGUCUUAUUCGAGGCGGUGUGAAAGGAGAAAAAGUCAACAGUACAAACUACAGAGAAGAGCGUGAAUACCGCGAUGGAAAUACAGUCUUUAGGUAUUACUUUGUUACUCGUUGUUGGAACGAGUAUGUCGAGUCCAUUGUUAACAAUGAAAUGACAACCUCAGUGCAACCAGAUGUUAUCAUUAUGAACUCCUGUCUGUGGGAUAUCCACCAUUAUGGAGACGAAGGUAAACAAAACUACGAAUUCUUCAUGCAAAAGCUGUUUAAAGCCAUUAGUCAGCUGCCAUCUUGUCCUCUGUUGGUAUGGAAUGCAGCACUCCCACUGGCUGAAUACUGCAAAGGUGGUUUCCUUAGAAAAGGUUUCAAGACUUUACCGCCAUAUGAAAUUGACAUAGGCAACGCUGUUGCAGAGAGACAGACCCAGAGGUUUAAUUUUAUUUAUGUUGAUUUGUACAGAUCUAUCAGUAGACAUGAGAUAUUUAAGCAGGCAGAUGAUGGUAUUCACUGGUCUAACAGGGCUCACCGAAACAUGACCAAUUCUAUCUUAACAGCCAUAUGUCACAGAUGGAAUAUGAAUGUUCCUGUGCCAGUAACACUGCUACGACCACCUAGCUAUCAGCAAUUAGAAUGGUCGCCACCACCAGCAUAUUUACAUCAGCCAAUGUUAACCCCCCAUGUAUACAGAUAUCAUCCAUAUAUGUGGCAUCCUUUACAAAGAAAUAGACCUAACCUUAYUGGUCAUCGUAGAUCAUACACUGAUCCUUUCCCGUUGGCUAACCAGUAUUUGGACAACCAAGAGGUAAGGAACAGGCAAUACAGAGCAAGGUUUAUGAAGAUGAAUAAGGUCAAGACACCAGGUGGCACACCUUYACCAACCAAGGCAUCUGACAGACGUCCAUUGAAAGAGUCAAAUGCUGCAGCUAAAGAUAAUUCACCUGCUACCAAAACAACAAURAAUGACAAGGUCACCAAUCCUCAAGAUGACAGCCUUGAGAACACUUACAAAGACUGUGAAAAGUGCUCAGUUUGUAAGGAGGAGUGUGAUGAUUUUGAGAAUGCCAACUGCUUUGCACAUGAGGACAGUGAAGUUGAGGUACUCAGCAAUGAUAACACAGAAAAACAAGAGGACUCAAAGAACACUAAUAAUGAUAACGUGCUCUAUAAGAAUGGUGAUGAUGAGCAAGACGAUAGCACUUAUAAAGACUGUGAAUGCUGUGGAUCUGAUAAAGACUCAACUGCAACACAGGAUUUGCCAGUAAGUAAACCCAAUAUAUUGGUGCAAGAUAAUGAAGAAGACAGUACAGAUAAGUCAGUUCAUGUAGAUAAUAUUGAUAGGAAUAACAAUGCUAAUUAUAGUAAUAGUUGUGAAAAUGAAAGAAAAAGGAAAAGAGAUACAGAUGAUGAUGAUGAAAAGAGCACAAAACAGCCAGAGAAAAUCUCUAAAUUGGCUUAAUAACAUAUUGCUGAGAAAGAAAAAUUAGUGAUAAACUUUUGAUUGAUGUAGUUCAUCRUUUUUGGCAAUCAAGAAAACCUUUUUAAAUAUGUUAGUUGAAUUGUUUUAGAUUUAUGACGUAUUUUAUGAAAUAUUAUCUGAAGGCAGCAUUGGUAUAAGCAAAUCUCAAAAUGUUUUGUGUGGGAAUUCUUCUGUAAAARUUAACACAUUAACAAGCUAAAAGUACUAUUGCUUUUUAACARCAGGUUGCUUUUCAUACGUAUUGUAUCACUCAUGCUUGAAAAAUCUUGCUAAUACUACAUUAUAAUCUGCUGAACAAAGCUGUUCAUUAGUAUCCAAUAUGCAUCACAUGACGCAGCACAACUGACACUGAAUAAUCAAUCAGCAGUUAGAAAUGUACAGUUUUACCGAAAACAGGACAUGCAAGACAUGUAUGACAUAUAGCGAGACUGUUGAGCUUACAAAGCAGGUUWUCUUGCUUGUGUUUUGGYUUACUUUAGAAAUCCAUGUAUGUUAUCAAUUACAGGUAUUCCUGCAGCUUCUCACAUCAAUUAUCUCACUGUUGAAUCUUUUUGAUAAACAUAAACAUUUUUUUUUUUCAAUGUAAUAAACUAUUUGAGAUUUGAUGUGAUAACCCAAUGCUACCUGUUUGGAAUUUACCUAACAUAAUUUGACUAAUUUAACUCUACUACAGUAAGUGAUUUAGAUAGCUGUAGCAAUAGGCGAUAUGCAUUAUGGCRUCAUUUACUACAACUACCAGAAUGCUUUGCCARCUUUCUUUUGYAAUGCAAUUAGUGCCAAUUGUUUUAAUCUCCAAGGGGAUUAAAAAUCAGACUGAAUAACAAUGAAAAUCCGCAAGGCUCUGUGGUAGUUGUAUUAAAGUUACGUCAUAAUGCAAACAUCCUAUUGGAUCUACUCUUUGGUCUUCUUCACAAUCUGGGUUUGAAGGACGAAAAAGAAAGCUAUACUUGCUACUUCAUGUGAAGAGAAUGUUAAGAUAACUGUUACUCUGAUUCACUGCGAUUGACUUGCUAAGAACAAUAGUAAACAAGUUAUACAGUCAAUGAAGCAUAACAAAAAUAGAUAUCUGGGGCUGGUUAUAUGAAGGGUUACAGAGAAUGGAAUUUUCAUAUCUCAUUUAUGACACCAAGAGCUCUUUUUUGAUGUUUUAAGGCUUUUUGUUUUUAUCAUGGCUUACAUUGAAAUAAAUAAAAGGAUAAUUCCAACCUCUACUGGAACUGUGUGCAAUCAAGGUUAUUAGAUAUCCUCUGGGUAAAGCCUUUUCUAGUGAAUAAUUCCUCUGUAGUGGAUAACUUUACUCGGUGGUUCAUUUGUACAACCAUCACUUAAUUAGAUAUCUUAACAUUCACUGAACAACUCUCAGUUGAGUCAAUCAACUGUAAUCUUGUCAAAUUGGUAAAAGAUCUCAUUAGCAUACCAAACUUGGGGCGCUU